GCUUUGGGGUUAGAAGGAGCCUUGCUUCCGGACGUUGCUCCACACAACAGCAGAAACAUGAACACGAAGCUCUUGAAGAUCGGGAUCCUGACGGUGCUGCUCUUGGCUGUUGCAGUUGGUGUUGGGCUGUUCUUUGGGUUGCGCCCACAGCCACAGGAGCACAUCUAUGCAAAGGCAGCAGUAGCUACCGAUGCGGGCCCCUGUUCGGUCAUUGGGAGGGACAUCCUUCAGAAAGGGGGAUCCGCUGUGGAUGCUGCCAUUGCCAGUCUCCUGUGUGCGGGCCUGAUGAACCCCCACAGCAUGGGCAUUGGAGGAGGCCUUUUUUUCACCAUCCUCUCAACAGAGGGGAAAGUGGAAAUCAUUAAUGCCAGGGAAGUGGCACCGAAUAAUGCAUCCCGAGACAUGUUUGGCAACAACACCGCUGUGUCCCAGAAAGGUGGAUUGUCCAUUGCGGUUCCAGGAGAAAUCCGUGGCUAUGAAAUGGCCCACCGACGACAUGGCAAACUGCUUUGGAAGGAACUGUUUCAGCCCAGCAUCCAGUUAGCCAGAGAAGGCUUCCCUGUUGGUAAAGGCCUGGCCAAAGCCCUGGAGUCCAGGAGCAGUGAAAUUGAAAGCAUCCCGUCCUUGUGUGAGGUCUUCUGCAAAAGCGGGAAGGUGCUGCAGGAGAAGCAACUCCUCCGCCUGCCCAAACUGGCCAGCACCUACGAGAUCAUCGCCAACCAGGGCGCAGAUGCCUUCUACACUGGCAGCCUGGCACAGCAGAUGGUGGCUGAGGUCCAAAAUGCAGGUGGGAUCCUUACCAUGGAGGACCUGAGGGAUUACCAACCAACCCUGGAAGAAAAUCCUUUAAAAGUGCAACUUGGCAAGUUCGUCAUGUAUGUGCCCAGUGCGCCUUUAAGUGGUCCUGUGCUGGCUCUGAUCCUCAACAUCAUGAAAGGCUUCCGGUUCUCUAAGAACAGCACCCAGACUCUGGAAGAGAAAGGCUGGAUGUACCAUCGCAUCUUGGAAGCUUUUCGCUUUGCCUACGCCAAGAGGAGUUUACUUGGGGACCCUGCAUUUGUCAACCUUACAGAGGUGAUCAGAAACAUGACAUCAGAGUCCUUUGCCAACAGCCUGCGGGUCAAAAUCACCAACACUACCCAUAACAUCAGCUACUAUGAACCAGAUUACUACACUCCAGAGCAUGCUGGGACAUCCCACGUCUCGGUCGUAGCUGAGGACGGCAGCGCGGUCUCGGCCACCAGCACCAUCAACCACUACUUCGGCUCCGACCUCCGUUCCCCUGUGAAUGGUAUCAUCUUCAACAACGAGAUGGAUGACUUCAGCUCCCCCCACAUAGUGAAUGGCUUCGGGGUCCCCCCUUCGGUGGCCAACUUCAUUGCCCCAGGUAAACAACCUUUCUCAUCCAUGUGUCCGACUAUCCUGGUGGAUGAGAAGAACAAAGUCAGGAUGGUGGUCGGUGCUUCUGGAGGGACAAAAAUCACAACAGCCACAGCCCUGACCAUCAUCAAUGCCCUGUGGCUUGGCUAUGAUGUUAAGGCUGCUGUGGAGGAGCCGCGAGUUCAUAACCAGUUGCUCCCCCCAGUUACACUUCUGGAGAAGGAUGUGGAAAAGGAAAUUGAAGAAGACCUGGUGAAAAGGAAACAUGAAGUCAAGAGAACCGAUGAAGGUGCUGUGGUGCAGGCCAUUCUCUGGACUGAAAAUGGUUGGGCUGCAGCCUCCGAUUCCCGGAAAGGUGGCUUUCCAGCAGGAUACUAAGCUGGCCGGCUACACGUUGCUCAGAAGGUCCAAGCUUGACUGGCUCACCACUUUCUGCAGAUCUCUGGAGCAAGCGAUUCUGUAUCUCACCAAU